AUGAAAACAGAUGCAACUCAGGAACUGGAAUCUUGUGUCAACAGAUUUAUCGAUGACAGCAUCAGGGUCCUCCCCCAUGUGGAACAGAUCAAUUCCACUCUCGUCCACCGCUACACCCGCCUCAUCACCGCUGCGUCCGCCUCCUCCCCAGUCUCCCUGCGCGCCCUCCUCCCCAUCCAUGCCCGUGCCAUCGUCCUCGGUGUAUCCACCAACCCGACCUUCGCCACCAGCCUCCUCGCCGGCGUGGCGCCCGCCUCCCUCGCCUACGCACGCAUGGUGUUCGACGCCGCGCCUGUACGCAUGUGGAACACCCUCCUCCACGCGCACGCCCACUCCCAGUCGUCGCACGCUACCGACACCCUCGCCCUCUACAAGCGGAUGCGCGCCGCAGGCGUCACGCCGGACCAUUACACCUACCCUAUUGUGCUUCCAGCUUGCGCGGCUGCGCGCGAGCCGUGGCUCGGACGGGCCGCACACGGCGACGCGGUGCGGUUCGCGCUCGCUGGGGAUGGGUUCGUGCGCAGCGCUCUCAUCGCGAUGUACUUCCAGGAAGGGGAGGUUGCAGACGCUGAGCUGGUCUUUGCGGAGAGCCAUGGCUCGUCCCGGACGGUCGUGUCGUGGACUGCCAUGGUUGCUGGCUACGUGCAAAACUACUUCUUUGGGGAGGCAGUUGCGCUGUUCGGCACGAUGGUUGCCGAGGGGCCAAGAAUGGCUGUAUGCCGGGGGUUUGAUGCAAACAUUCCGUUGGCUAAUGCGCUCAUCGCAAUGUAUGGGAAGUGUGGGAGCAUUCCCAUGGCAGAAGCUUUGUUUGAGGGAAUGGCAGUACGCAGUCUGGUUUCCUGGAACACGAUGGUUGCAAUGCAUGAACAACAUGGUGAUGUGGUUGAGGCAAUCAAGUUAUUCUGUAGGAUGCUUAAUGAGAAGGUGGGGUUUGAUUGUGUGACUUUGGUCAGUGUUCUGUCUGCUUGCGCACACUCACGAGCCCUGGAGACUGGCAAAUGGGUGCAUGAGUUUGCCCGGAAUCAUGGGCUUGACACAGAUGCAAGGAUCGGCAAUGUUCUUGUUGAUAUGUAUGCAAAGUGUGGCGAGAUUGCUAGUGCAAGGAAUGUCUUUGACUGUUUGCGUAUGCGGAGUGUUGUGUCCUGGAGUGCCAUGAUAAGUGCAUAUGCUAAUCAUGGUGAUUCUGAAGGGGCUCUUAAAAUCUUCUCCCUGGUGAAAAGUGGAGGCGUGAGACCAAAUUCGUUCACAUUCACUGCAGUUCUAGUGGCAUGUGGCCACUCAGGCCUUGUCAAUGAUGGACUAAAGCAUUUCAACAGCAUCCUUUCUGACUACCAAAUGUCGCCUACAGUGGAGCACUAUGCCUGCAUGGUUGACAUGCUAGGGUGUGCUGGUAGAAAUCAUCAGGGGAAUGUCUCUGCGCCCAGACAAGUGCGUGUGGGAUGCAUUCCUUGGGGGUUGAUUUUCAGACAUGAGUUUGAUGUAAUUUUCAUAUCAGAGCAACAAAAUUAUUGGAAACAAAGACCGCCUUCAAGGAGGAGAUCCACAAAGUCCCCAGACCACUUGCUGACCAAGUCCGAUCCGCCUCGCUACUCACUCCACCGUGCCGGGGCUGCUUGCGUGUCGCCACGUCUGCUAAUCAUGGAUAGCUCCGAUCGCUUCCUAUCAGUCAGGUGGUCGAUUGUUGGCAUUGCUCCAUUAGUUGAUUGGCUAGCAUCCAAGAAAAUUAGUUGCAACAUAGUUACUGCUCAUGGAAGUACUGCAACCGGACCAACUUGUUUGGAGGAACCACUAUUGGCAACCAUGUCCCACUCGUCGUGCCUUGGUGUGCAGCAAUCAUCGGAAGCAGAAAUUAAAGCACGGUCCACCCACAGCCAUGUAGAAAGCAGAUAUGACUCUUCAGCUCAGAUAGCUCAGAACAGUGGAGGGCAUGUUGCAGGCAGGGGGUGUUUACCUCUGCGGGCCGACCAUCGGCCCAUCCCCAGCCCCAGCGGGAAAGGACUGGACAAAGGAGGAGUCGCCGGCGCUGCGCGUCAGUGCCCUGGACUCUGGGAGUACGCCGGGACGGGGCCAAGCCCAACCUUAGCCGCGACUGCAGCUGCUCCUCUCUGUCCCUCAGCGGCUGAGAAUGCAGAUGCAGCGGAGGAAAUACAGCAUAUGGAGAAGCUCAGCGCCAUUGGAGUCCGGGAUGUCGACCUUGUCAUGAUGCUUGCCACCAGUGAAAGGUCAUCUCAGGAUAAUUUAAGGAUGAAUCCUGCUGAUGGGACUGUUGUGAACCCUCAAGCUUUUCAACAACAUAUUCGAGGUCAUUCACAUCUUAUCCCACAGCUCCUUCAGAAUGAUCCUCAACUACGACAAGCUAUUCUUGGAGAUGACACCAAUGAGCUACAGAAUAUCCUGCGGUCCCGCCACGAACGGAAAAACGAAACUGAAACGUAA